AUGAGCCAAGCAAAUCGAAGGCGGCGGCGACGAGGAGACCCACCCCCCCCUAGGGCAUCUGCUGGCACACCCAGCGUGCCGAAGGCGGAUGUCAAGGGUGAGAAGCAGCCACCCUCCACUUGUACGGCUUUUCUCACUGGCACGCAUCCCUACGCGGAGGCCGCCAAGAGAGUCAGAGUUGCGGUACUACCUGAGGACUACCCGCAGGUGUACCUAAGCAACGAAGAGCUUGCCGAGCUGGAGGAGGCCAUAAUGGACGACGUAGUAACGUCUGAAUGGGACUCAGCAGUCGCCUUCAGAGGUAUCCACUUUAGGGUCGGAUACCUCCUGAUAGACUGCUUGGACCAGGACUCGGCGGACUGGCUGAGGGCUGUAACGCCUCAGCUAAGGACGUGGAAGGGCGUGCCCCUUGACACUAGGGUAGGAUUAGACAUUCCUGCUGCAUACAAUGUCACAGUCUUCUGCCCUAGAAGUGCAGAAAGAAGCAAUGAGGAGCUUCUGAUGAUGCUGGGACGCCAGAACAGAAUGGAGGUCGAUUCCUGGAAGGUAAUCUCCCGAAGGAACGACGGAGGCGGGGCACUCCUCGUUAUAGGGAUAGACUCACCCGAGAUGAGAUCGUCUCUAAAGGGCACCAGCUGA